UAAACCACACGUGUGUUCAGGAAGUUCUCCGUUCUUGCGCCCCUGCUGGCCGCCGCCGUUCUCGCGCAGCCGCCUAAGUGGCCCACGGCUCCCACGACCCAAUGCCGCCGGCGAAGCUCGACCCCGAUCUACCGCCCAUCCACCGCCUACUGGAGCUGAUCAAGUCCGAGCCAGACGCCACCGCGGCGCUCGCCCACCUUGAGCUCCUCGUCUCCACCCGCCCGGCCUUCCCCCCGCCCCAGCCGCUCCUCUUCCACCUCCUCCGCCGCCUCGCCACCUCUUCCCCGGCCCACCUCCCGCGCCUCCUCAACCUCCUCCCGCGCCUGCGCCAGCGCCCGCGCUUCUCCGAGUCCGCGGCGCUCGUCGUCCUCUCGGCCUUCUCCCGCGCCAUCAUGCCUGAUGCCGCGCUCGACGCCUUCCGCGCCCUUCCUUCCAUCCUCGGCUGUAACCCCGGCAUCAGAUCCCACAACGCCCUCCUCGAUGCGUACGUCCGCGCCCGUCGUUUCUCCGAAGCGGACUUGUUCUUUGCCUCCCUCUCCCAUGGCGCCUUCGGCCGCCGCCUCGCCCCCAACCUUCAGACCUACAACAUCAUCCUCCGCUCGCUCUGCGCCCGUGGCGACCUCGAUCGAGCGGUCACUCUAUUCGACUCCCUCCGUCGCCGCCAAGUUGCUCCCGACCGCAUUACCUAUUCCACCCUCAUGUGUGGGCUCGCGAAGCACAACCGCUUGGAUGACGCACUCGACCUGCUCGACGAAAUGCCGAGGUAUAGAGUGCAGCCUGAUGUCGUUUGUUACAAUGCACUCCUCGGUGAGUGUUUUAAGGCCGGUGAGUUCAAGAAAACGAUGAGGGUGUGGGAGCAGCUGGUGAAGGAUACAGGUGCAAGCCCCAGCCUCACUACUUACAAUGUAAUGCUUGAUGGAUUGUGCAAGCUUAGGAGAUUUAGGGAGGUGGGUGAGGUAUGGAAUAGGAUGGUGGCAAAUAAUCUCCAACCAGAUGUAAUUACCUAUGGGAUCUUGAUCCAUGGUUUGUGUCAAUCUGGAGAUGUGGAUGGUGCUGCACGAGUAUACUCAGAGAUCAUCAAGACUGGGCUUGUCAUUGAUGGUGCCAUGUAUAAUUCACUCGUCAAGGGGUUCUGCCAAGCAGGGAGGGUACAGGAAGCUUGGAAGUUCUGGGAUUGUGCUGGCUUUGCUGGACUUCGUAAUUUAACAACUUAUAAUAUAAUGAUGAAGGGGCUCUUUGACAGUGGUAUGGUUGAUGAGGCUAUAGAGCUAUGGGAACUAUUGGAGAAAGAUGUGGCGUGCAUUCCUGACACAGUGACUUUUGGCACUCUGAUCCAUGGAUUAUGCCAGAAUGGCUUUGCUAAUAAGGCAUUUACAAUAUUUGAGGAAGCUCGAGUCAGCAGUAAACAAUUGGAUGUGUUCUCCUAUUCAUCCAUGAUAAAUGGAUUAUGCACGGUUGGGCGGUUAGUUGAUGCGGUUAAAGUAUAUGAGAAGAUGGAUAAGGAUGGCUGCAAACCGAAUUCUCAUAUUUACAAUGCACUAAUAAGUGGGUUCUGCCACGCAUACAGGACUAGUGAUGCUGUUAGAAUUUACAGCAAGAUGGCAGGCAAUGGCUGUGCUCCUACACUCGUCACAUACAACACUUUAAUAGAUGGUCUGUGUAAGGCUGAAAAGUAUCAAGAAGCUUCAAGUGUUGCAAGGGAAAUGGUAGCGAAUGGUUUUACACCUGAUAUCACUACAUAUGGAUCAUUGAUCCGUGGUCUUUUUAGUGACAAGAAGAUCGAUGCUGCUCUUUCUAUUUGGAAUCAACUUCUUUAUAAGGGUCUUCGGGCUGAUGUGAUGAUGCACAACAUUCUAAUCCAUGGCCUUUGUUCUGCUGGCAAAGUCGAUGAAGCUCUGCAUAUUUUCUCAGAUAUGAAAGAGAGGAAGAACUGUUCCCCAAAUCUAGUGACCUAUAACACCCUGAUGGAUGGACUUUAUGAAACAGGUUAUAUUGACAAAGCAGCAGCUCUCUGGACCUCCAUUUCAGAAGAUGGGUUGGAACCAGACAUAAUUUCAUAUAAUACAAGAAUUAAGGGCCUAUGCUCUUGUGAUAAAAUACAUGAGGGGAUCCAGUUAUUGGAUGAGGUUCUCUCGCAAGGUAUUAUACCGACUGUAAUUACAUGGAAUAUCCUUGUUAGGGCGGUGAUCAAGUAUGGACCUAUCCAAGUAUAACAUAUUCAAAUUCCUUAUGCUCGCUUGAGGGUAUCGUGAUGAGCUCUACAUUAAGAAGGAAGUCAGUCGUUUUACGGUGGUACACUG